AUGCGACGGGUGUACCCUCAAGUGCUACAAUCAGAGCAAACAGUACAGGAGCUUCGCUCUGAAAUUGAAGAAGUAGAAGUGCAGGCUCAGGAGAGCCACACCGAACUGAAUGAACGUACACGGGAGAUUCAAGACUUGAGGAGCUCAUUGGGUUCCGUGGAGCGUCGCAAAGCUGUUCGAAAGGAUGCCAUCUCUAUUUCCAGAGCGAAGAGUCGCAGAUUUGAAGAAGAAAUGGAAGCAACUCGCUUGGACCAAGAUCGCCUCUCAGAGCAGCUCCAGAGCUAUCUCCAUGAAAACGUCGUUGAUGAAAACUUGUUGGCAAGAGCUGCUGAAGAGAGACGUCAUGUGCUGGAGGAGACCAAACGCAAUGAGCUUGUCGUUCAGAAGAGCAUGCAACGAUCGGGAGGGAUACAGCUGCAGUGCUUGGGGACGAAUGCAGAUCUUGAAAAGGUUGAUCUGGAGAAUGACAGCCUGGAGGAUGAGUUGUCCGGAGCAGAAUUUCAUAGCUCAAGGCAGCGCCUCUACCUUGCAAUGGAAGAGACUGAAGCAUCGACUCAGUUUCACAAUACCUGCGAGGCGAAGGCCGCAAAUGUUCAAAGCCAUAGACAAGUGGACAAUUUAGAAGAAACCCGGCACUCGCUGGAAAAGCGCUUGCGGGAGCUGGUGGAUGCAAUGCAUGAAGGAGACUCGUUGGCGGUAGAGCUGGCUAAGGCUGGAGAACAUGGCACAUCUUUGCAGUUCUAUUUGAGUGAGAUGUACAACAUGGUGCGCGAGAGAGGUGAAGUCUUAGAGGGAGUUUGCAGUUCUCAUGCAGAACUGAGACAAACUCUAGAAGAGUCUGAGCAACAGGCAUGCUUGGCGCAAGAGGAAGCAAAGCAGCUCUCAUCCGACAGAGAUGUGGCACAUGCAAGAUGCCAGGAGGAGCAAACGGAGUUUGCAACUGCGGAAGCGAAGAUGUUUCAUGCGGAAAGCCAGCUUGAAAGUGAGCAUGCUGAAGCAGACACACACUUACAACAUGCCAAAGGACAACGCGCCACUGCCUCUGAACGAGUUGACCGAAUGACGGAGAACACGAACAAUCUGAAGGGUCAAUUGCAAAGUCUCCAGGACGAGACCAAGCAUUUGCAAAGCAGAAUUGCCUUCUUUGAAUCAGACACUAGCGACUUGAAAGCACAGAAUGAGAAUCUAGAACAAACCAUUGAAGAAACCAAGAAGAAAAUGAAUUGUGUCAUCUCGUAA